GCUUGGUUUGUUUGCUGUUGUUGCUGCUGUUGUUGGAGAAAUUGAGAGAGGGGUUGAGUGCAAGGUUCUGACAUUAUAUCGUUUUUACGUGGUUUUUACAUGCAUUAUUUGGUGAUUGUUCUUUAAACAACCCACCGGACCGGCGGGCGGCCGGCCAUGAUGUCCGGGGAGUCGUACCAGGUGGUGGGGACGGCCAGCCUUGCCGAGCUGGAGGCCGCUCAGGUGGUGGUCUCCGCCCCGCCCGGCGCCGCCCCGCUCCACUACAUCACCGACUCGACACACCCAGCGGACGCCGCCGCUACUCAGUGGUUCGUCGUCGAGGAGUGCUCGCAGGUGCUGACGCCAGCCGAGUCGGACUCAGCCGGCCGCCUGCAGCCCCCGCUGGCCACUCCGUCGUCGGGCGGCGAGCGGUGUCUGGUGUGCCGGGCCGCCCUGGCCGCCGGCUGGCCGGUGCAGACGUGUGUCACCAAGCACGGCCGUAUCGGCUACCUGACCCUGCUGCUGGACAUCCUGGUGCCGGACGGCGAGGUGGCCAGCCUGGCCGCCUGCGGGGACCACGUGUGUGACGCCUGCGCCGCCCUGCUCGAUGCUGUCGACGAGUACAGCCACAAGCUGCGCGGAGCCGAGCAGCGCAUCAGGGACAAGUACAAACUGGGGGCACUGACGGAGGACGUGGGCCACCGCACACCGGCCGGAGCUGCAGUGGCUGUGGAACUGGCAGAUCAGAAGGCUCCGCCACCGCCGCCGGCGCCUCCAGACCAGCACCAGCAGCCGCACAAUCCCCAGGAGCAGCAUCAGGAGCAGACCCAGGAGCCGUCUCAGCUGCAGCAGCAACUGCAGGAGCAGCCUGAACAGCAAAUACAACGGCAGAGCAGCUCGGGGGACCUCCCCACCAAGACAGACUUGCUGGAACAGGCGAUCCGUGAGGAGCGGGUGGACGAUCCGGCCAGGGCCGAGACCGGAGACGCUGAUCACCCUGCCGACGCGGAGGACGGUGCCGGCGGUCGGCGCACCCCGCUCCGCUGCCCGCACUGCUCUCGCCAAAUGAGCUCGGCCGCGCAGCUGGCGGAGCACGCGGCGCAGUGCCGGCCGGCCGGGGAGGCCGCUGCCGCCGCGCCGGAGCGGCCGACCGGCGGCGGGGGCGCGCCGUUUGUCGGGCCGCGCCUCUCCUGCCACUGCGGGCAGAGUUUCGACUCGCCGGCCGAGAUGGCGCAACACCAGAGCACCAGUCACACCGAGGCACGCUUCGUCUGCGAGCACUGCGGAGAGCAGUCGAAAAACCCCAAGGCGUUCGCGGAACACAUGCGUCAGCACGGCGACACGCGUCCGUUCCGCUGCGACGUGUGCUCGAAGCGGUUCACCCUCCUCAGCUCGCUGCGCACCCACCAGCGACUGCACACGGGUGACAAGCCGUACCAGUGCGAGGUGUGCGGGCGCGCGUUCACGCAGCACACGUCCCUACAGAGCCACCGGCGCACACACACCAACCAGAGACCGUACACGUGCGAAGUGUGCCAGCGCGGCUUCAGGGAAAUGCACUCGCUCAAGAAACACAUGCUGAUCCACUCGGGCGAGAAACCAUUCCAGUGUGAGCUCUGUGAGAUGCGGUUCCGUCAGAAGGGUGUCCUUCAGCGCCACAUGCGGACACAUACAGGGGAGCGGCCCUACCGCUGUGAUCAGUGUGAUAGCGCCUUUAUAGACUCGAAUGCCCUGAAGAUGCACAAGAUCCAGCACACGGGCCAGAAGCCGUUCUACUGCGAGCACUGCGGGAAGGGCUUCUCCGACGCAUUCUGGUUCAACAAGCACCAGAUGUACCACAGCGGAGAGCGGCCCUUCAAAUGUGACCUCUGCCCCAAGGCGUUCACCGACGCCCGCAUCCUGCGAACGCACAAGAAGCUGCACUCGGGCGAGCGGCCGUACAUCUGCUACGUGUGUGGCGCCAGGUUCAGCAACUCGUCCCACCUGACGCGCCACAACAACAUCCACACGGGCACGCGGCCGUUCGAGUGCGAGGUCUGCCGCCAGACAUUCCGGGACAAGUCGACCCUGAAGCGGCACAUGCGCACCCACAGCUGCCAGCGCGGCCUCAACUGUCCUGACUGCACGGGCUCGUUCCCGCGCAAGGACGCGCUGCAGGUGCACCGGCGUGUGUCGUGUACGGGCGCGGGGGCGGCUGGCGGCGGGGCGGCGCUGGCGCGCGGCCCCGACCCGCUGGCGCUGGCGGUCAGUGCCGCCGGGCCGCCCGGCUACACGGCCGACAAGGCGCCGCUGUACUCGCUGAAGGAGCUGCCGGCCAGCCAGGUGCUGCAGCUGCAGGGACUGGAGCAGCUGCAGCCGCCGACCCAGCCGCAGCAGCAGACGGAGCAGCAGCAGCCGCACCUGAUGCAGACAUACCAGUGAUGCCGCGGCGGACGGCGGUACACACCCGUGCCUGCGACAAAAUCGCCUCAUUUUCAUCAUGAAGUUCACUAGUGCAUCUAUGCAUUGAAUGCGCAAUUGUGCCCAAACUCAUUCACCGUGAGUGUUCUGGAAGGAUCAUCCAGAGCAGUGAGGCCAUCUUCAUCAUUUGAAUGUUACGUAGUACGCGAAUUAUUUGUAUGGCGUUUUGUGUGUGAUUGUGUAACGGGUGAGCAUUAAAAUUUUGCACAAACUUUGUAUGUCAAUAGAACAUUAAUUGCCUGAUGCCCGUGAAAACAACAACUACCAAGUGAAAGGUUGGGAAAAAUACUUUCUGUUUAUAUGCAAUAUAAGCUGUUUUGCCCUGCCAAUCGUGAACACGGAGCCAAAGAAGAAAGACGCGUUGUUAAAAGGGGUGGCGAAACUUCACGAAAAAAAUCGUGAGCUCGGUAAACCGUUUACCGUAAGGAACUCCGUGGCCGGAAAACCAGGGAUUUUAUACAUCGGGUCCUCUUCAGGAAGAUCCUGAGCAUGUUCGGUUCAACUAAAAAAACAAGUUUCCGUAGAAAAUAAUUGUGUGGCUUGCCGUCAGCGAAAGAGGUGUAUUUUAGCCCUUCUUCUGUCAAAGCGGAGGUGCCCUGGGUGGUCAAAUCUACCGAGAACAGCGCGUGACCAAGAUGUUUGUCCUCUUCAUGGAAGAAAAACAUAGUGGAGACGAAAUUAUGUUCUGGCCGGAACUGGCAUCGUGCCAUUACGCUCGUGAGACGCAAGAGGUGCUCCAUGAGAGCAUACCGUCGAUGCCGAAGGGUGACAGCCAGCCAUGCUGCCCACUGAGUGCAUACAGCUGAGACCCAUGUGGAGCGUCAGUGGUCUAUGAUUAAGGCCAAAACAUACGCAGGAGGCUGGAAAGCGACGGAUGACACCCAGCUCAUUAGGAAAAUCUAGAAGGGCAUCAGCUACACGGACCAAGAAUUAGUGCACAAGAUGAUGAAGGGGGUACCACAGCGCGUGCAACACGCUGCACGUGCAGGAGCCAAUACCUGCGUCCACUAAGCAGCAUGUGAAAGCGGAGGUACAGAUCUCCAGUCUAUGAAAGUUGUACGCUAAUCUGUUGAAUAUAAUGUGAUUUAUAAACAAAUGAAUUUUGUGCAAAAUUUUAGUGCUCACCCGUUAUUUGGCGCGAGUUUUACAAACGCGUCAUUGAGUGAUCUGCAGCAUCGUUGCUGCAUGAAUUGCAUUGUCUGAAUGUUAGGCAAUUGUUGUUCCAUUCGUGGAACUCUGUGCUUUGUGAACCCUAUUGUAUCAACCUAUAUUUUUUUUUACCGAACGAUAUUUUGUAUAAAUACGAUGUUACAGCCAAGA